AGUAAUAGAAGAAAAAGUAGGACAAGCUUAUCUUCAGAAUCUUUAACAAUUACUACUCCUGAAGUAACUGUAGGUGAACAAUCAUCUUUCUCUUUAAAACAACCUGAGCACUUCCCAAGAGAAUCAUCAUCUCCAAAAGUCGUCAAAAAUUUCAAAUAA